AUGAAAGAAAAACCUGGCAGAGGAAUCCAGUGUGAGAGACAUGAAGAUCUUUUGAAACUCUACUGUAAAGAGGAUCAAAUUCUCCUCUGCGUGGUGUGUGAAAAAUCCCAGGUUCAUCGAGGCCACACUGUGGUGCCCAGGGAGGAGGCUGCCCAGGAAUACAGGGAAACAAUAGCAGAACUCACGAAGCAACUUCAGUCUGCCUAUGAGAAACUGCACCUGCUGGAGGGCAAGGAGGGGAAGCACCUUCCAGAGAGGGCACAAGACACGGUCCAUAAGAAGCUGAAGAGACCAACUGAAAAGGUAGAGAUGCUUUUAAAGAGUCAGUCACCUGGAUCUGAACGGAAAAGCUUCUCCCCUGGAAGGAAAAUUGCCGUGGAGACAGAGUUACAGGGACACAAAGAGAAAGAAAACGACAGAAAGCGCGUGUCCAAGAAACAGGAGGUUAAAAGUCAUGUCAUUCACGCCAGCGAAGAGGCUUCUGUUCCCAACCAGUCGGUCCUGGACCCAGCAAUUCACCACAUCAGAACUACAUCAGAGGAUGCUGAGCCCGGGAAGGUGGGUGUAGCAGGCCUUAGGCAAAGAUUUGAAGUUUCCACGUCUCCAAAAGAAUCACUUGACUCUGGACUGAGAAGCAGGAAGCAUGUAUCCCCUGCUGGCCAGACACGGAUUCUGCGGGUCGGCUCCAAGGAAAACAGAACCCUAGAGAGAGAAAGUGCUGGAGUGAAUGUGUCUGAGAAGCAGAACGGGGCUUCAAGUCAUGCUGGUGAAGAGACGCAAACUCCCAAACAUGGUAUCAACAGAACGUCCCGGGACAUGACACCUCCCCCUGCAAGUCCAACGAUGGAGGAACCUGAGGGCAUCGAGGUGGGUGUAGCAGGCCUUAGGCAAAGAUUUGAAGUUUCCACGUCUCCAAAAGAAUCACUUGACCCUGGACUGAGAAGCAGGAAGCAUGUAUCCCCUGCUGGCCAGACACGGAUUCUGCGGGUCGGCUCCAAGGAAAACAGAACCCUAGAGAGAGAAAGUGCUGGAGUGAAUGUGUCUGGGAAGCAGAACGGGGCUUCAAGUCAUGCUGGUGAAGAGACGCAAACUCCCAAACAUGGUAUCAACAGAACGUCCCGGGACAUGACACCUCCCCCUGCAAGUCCAACGAUGGAGGAACCUGAGGGCAUCGCGGUGUAUGUAUUGGAUCUUAGGCAAAGGAGGCUUCGCAGGGUUAGGAUUUGCCUGGACCUCAGGGAGGGGCAGGUGGCCUUUUACAAUGCCGACACCUCGGCCCAUCUCUACACCUUCACCGCCUCCUUCAUGGAGGAAAUCUUUCCCUUCUUCUACACCAAGGACAAGAAGACUCCACCGGUCAUUAAUAGGUCCAAGACUGAGGGAUGGAUUCCUCUGACUGAACUAGUCCAUCCCCCAUCAUUUGACUUGCACGUGCCUUCCCCUGCACAGCACAGACUGAUCCUGAGCUCCUCACUUGCAUCUGUGUUGCAGCCAAACAUCCUGUUUUAA